UCCUUCGUCGAGCUCCACGUCAUUUAUCCAUCCUCUCUACUCAGAGAAAUGAUGUUCCUACCCAUCGAGAAUCAGUGAUCAGGCCUGUGCUCCGGUCGCCCAUACUCCGAACCCACUGUCCAGAGGAAGACUCCGACUAGAGACUUGUCUCCCACAUACUUGCGUCGGAGCAGGAUGGAGGACCUCUAUCACCGGACGAGAUUGACCAUCGAAAAACUCAACGGUACUUUCCAGAGGUUCGAUACCGUGGGAAAUGAGGAGGAAUUCGAUCGACUGGUUCAGGGGGAGAUGGAGAAUAUUUUCACGAGCUGUGACAGGCUCGAAAUCCUCGUCCACAAGGAGCCGGCUUCGCGCCGUCAUGUUGCUAAGUUGAAAGUAGAUCAGCUGAAGUAUGACGUGCGACAUCUGAAAGCAGUUCAAGAGAACCUACGGCGGAAACGCGAGGAGAGACUGAUGCAAGAAAAGAACAGGAAUGAAUUGCUGCAUCGGACGUUUCGAGCCAACGAAGAUACCACCAUAGACAUGGACAGGAUGCUGAACUUCCAUUCGAGCGCGCAGAACGCGAAUCGAGGCGUCGAUGACCUGAUCGCACACGGAGGGAGCGUGCUCGAAAACCUCAGACACCAACGAUCCACCCUGAAAAGUGCCCGGAAACGAAUGUUGGACGUGGUCAAUAAUUUGGGACUGAGCAAUACUGUGAUGCGACUGAUCGAGAAACGCGGAACCGAAGAUCGUUUUGUUCUCUUCGGCGGAAUGGCUCUGACAUGCAUAUGCAUGUUGCUCAUCGUCGUCUACUUGUACUGAGGAGCUUUUGCCGAAUCGUAAUAAUUUUCUAACCAUGUGCCCAUGUAUGAUAGAAUGUGAAUAUAUCCCACAGCGGGAACGGAUUAGCCAACGGAUGAGAUAAAUGACUGCAUUUCAU